AUGUACGAAGGGAUUGACAACCUGAAAUCCCUUUACGACCGUGCCGGGAAGACUUUCUCCGGCGGUCCUUCUGCGGCACAGGAUGUGUCGCGUCGUACUGCUCGACCAGACCCAGUACGUCAACCAUCAAUUGGGAGCGGGGCUCCCAAGAAUCCCAGGACGGGGGAUAGCCGCGCCACCGGACGAGGUAACUCGUCCGACGUCCGUUCACGUCGCGGUGGUUCAACAGCUGCUCAACUAGAUAGCGCUGGCCACCGCGAGAGUCCUCUAAUGGAGGUGGAGGAGGAGGAAAGACGCUCUCCACACGAUCAUGUGGAUCGGUGUGUUCCCGAGAGCUUCUUUGAUCGCGUAACGCAAGGGUUACGCGACGAUCUCGAGCAUGAGCGGAAUAGGCGUCUCCAGAUGGUGGACACUGCCUCGAAGCAUCGAGCUGAGUUUGCCUUUGCUCAGCUUGAGAACGAGAGAUCUCUGACAUCUCUUCGUGACGAGCUAAGGGUAGCUCGUGGGAUUGUUAAUCGGUCUCGGGCUGAGAUAACUGCUCUUCAGACCCUUGUUGAUGCCCACCAUCGGGAGCACAAGGCUCUCUGCGAGAUGCUUGAGCGCAAGGGCGUUCUUCAUCGGAAGAAGCAGAGUACUGAUGGUACGGCUUAA